UUUUGUUUUUUCUUUCCCUUCUAUAACUCGUAAUUAUUUUUCUAUGACAAACCAUUCUGUAUCAAACAAUAGUAAAGAAGUGGAUGUAGAUUCUGUAUCAAGCAAUAGUAAAGAAGUGGAUGUAGAUUCUGUAUCAAACAAUAGUAAAGAAGUGGAUGUUAAUAAUAAAGAUUCUGUAUCAAAAAAUAGUAAAGAAGUUGAUGACAAUUAUAAAGAUUCUGUACCAAAAAAGGAAGAUAUCAAAGUAUUCUAUGAAGAAGAUGAAGUCGAAUGGAAGCAAUUGAAUCAUAAAUCGACUCCAUUGAGUUUAAUAAAAGAGAAGAUUGAUGAUGAUCAAUUUGCUCCAGUCAGUAUACCCGACAUGGUUUGGAUGAUCCCUCCACAUUGUAAUAUUUCCCCAAGUGAACUUUUCGGUGAAAAAGAAAUGUAUUUAAAACGCAUCGCAAUAUUGACUGAUUCUCAAAUUGAAUUUAAUAAAAGUAAAAAUCGUAUCGAAAUGUGGGGAGGAGAUGAGAAUUUUGAUAAUCUCAAAGAAGCUGCCAGGCAAUUUGAAGAUAUUGCUAACACUGUGUUAGAACGAAAAAAACGUGGAAGAAAUAAGACUUGGGAUGACUGGGAAAAAGCUGAAAGGGCUCCUCUUACUAAGAAGGAAGAAAAAAAGUUGGAACGUAGAAAAAAAAGAGAAGAGGAAGAAAAUAAGUAUAAAGAAAUGACGAAUGAUCCUCACCCUUUCUACGGCUUCUUUGUUAUUCCUGAUAGCGACAUUCCUAUUGAACAAUUUAUUGGAAAGAAUGGAUAUAUGUUGGAUCCUGUGCGAAUCAAGUUUAAAUGCCAUAUUUGGCAUGAACCUAAACACUCUUAUAUAAAAGUUGUUGGAAAAAAUGACGAAUCUGUUGAAGAAGCUUCACUACGAGUAAGAGGCUUAUUUGUAAAAGUUUUUGCGUAUAAAUCUAUUCCACCAAGGGGUUGGGUAUUUCAUAUGUUAGAACCACCGAAUAAGCCACACAAAGUAAGAAUAGCGGAUCCACCAUCUUGGUUUAUAAAACCAUACGACGUAUUAGAUUUCAAACUUCUUGAGCCAGUUUUUGAAGGAGAUAAGAUUCCGAUUGUUGGUAAAGAAGAUGCUUCAAAGGAAUUAGAUCAAAGUUUUGAUCCUGCUAUUUUACAAGGGAUUCGUGAGUCUAAUUCAAAAAAUAUCGAGGAUGCUUUUGUUAAAGCUCUUCAACAUAUUCAUUUACUUGAUGAAGUAAUAAAAAUAAGAAUUAGGAUUGGUCACGUGUGUUUGACACGUUUUCCUCAGCGUAAGGACUCUAACCCAUUGUGGGCUAUCGAUAAAUUUGAAAAGGUCCUAAAAAAUCCUCGCAUAUUAUCUAAAUUUGCUACAUGUCUCGCCACCAAAGAUGAACAAUUAGAUAAAUUAUUUGAUGAUCUCAUAUUCCGUUCCAAAGCUUGGGAAAAAUCAAAUGAAUCUAGGAAAGAUGAAAAGGAAACUCGAGAAUUGGACUAUUCCACAUGUUGUCAAGAAUUAGAUGGUUCCCCAUUUCGUGAAUUUAAAAUUUACGCAAUUCGUAAAAUCCCUGACAGUGAAAAUGAAUCAUGGCCCUGCUCAUUUGACGUCAAAGUUGAGAGAUACGAGAAUGAAAAAGGGAAAAUCGAUAGGUCAAGUAAUUCUAGCAAAAGAACUGAUAGAACACACGAUAAAAAUGAUAAAAUUGGAUUAUGGGAUGCUGUUUUAAAUGAAAAAGAUAUUUUGGACAUAAGCAUGGCAUGUUUAGAUAGUAGUUAUUCAUGGAAAAUACUUAUCCAAACGGCAAGAAGACUUUCAAACGAUAAAAUCGGGGCACAGGGGAAUUUUGUUUAUAAAUUAAGAAUUUGUCCAAAAGGUCGUUUGGUUUAUUCGAACACUAAAGAAAUAAAUGUUCUUUCAGUAUGUGAAAAAACGAAAUGGAAAUAUUGGUGGCUUAAAGAUUAUAUUAUAGAAAUAACCAAGUAUGAAUAUUGGAAUUUAUCAGAACAUCAGGACUCACCCCCAGGAAUUGACAUUCCACUUAGCAAAGAACCAUCACCCAUUGUUACUUAUGGAAUCACUUUAUAUAACAAGUCUUGGGAUGAAGUUUCUUUUAAUAGUAAUUUGGAGCCUGGCGAAGUUCCUGAAUGGUAUCCUCAUGAAAUCGUAGAUGAAGAGAAAACGGGUGGUAUAAAUUCUUUGAUGAAAGAUAUAAAUAAUUUUAUAGAAAUAAUUCAAAAAAAUGUAAAGAUUUAUUAAAUAUACAAUAAAUUAUAAUAUACCAGCAUUUAAGUCAGUUAUUAAACUAAAUGAUGAAUGAAGCGAAGGACUAGACAUGAAAAAUACAUUAUCAGUAAGAACUACAGGAAAUCAUAUAUAUUCUCAUCUUUAAAAACAAAACACAUUAAAGUACUAUCCAGGAUUACUCCGUUAAAUUAAUUAAAAGAUAUUCGCUUUUCCUUAAGGCUUACACAUAAAUUCUCGCACUAACCGGGUCUGGAUAUCUCUAUUCUCAUAAGUAAUUGAAUCGAAAAAAAAAAUAUUUUGUAAUAUUUCUAAUUUCGUAUAUUUCGUAAACUUGUAAAAUUACGUAUAUUAAUAAAUUUUC